AUGAAGAUGGGAGCGGGGUCGCCAGUACAGAAGGCGCAUGCUAGAACUGAGGGAGAUGAGGGAGAGGAGCAGGCAGAGGAGGGAGAGGAGCAGGCAGAGGAGGGAGAGGAGCAGGCCGAGGAGGGAGAGGAGCAGGCCGAGGAGGGAGAGGAGCAGGCCGAGGAGGGAGAGGAGCAGGCCGAGGAGGGAGAGAAGGAGGGCGAGCAAGACAACGCAUUUCCAUUACAGAUGAACUAA